GAAAUUCAAAACGCGCUUUCUUUAAGUUUUACCUACCUUUUUUUUUUUAGAUGGUACUAUGACAGAAGACAUAAUUUAUCACAGCACUGGCUCUAAAUGUGCACUUAGUUUUUGUAAAAACAUAUUUAUGGAAACUGGUGGAGAAGGUCAACUAUCGUUUUUCAGUUUUCCUAAAAAUCCAGUAAGAUGUGCUAUUUGGGUUGAGAACUACGAUUCAAAAUAUUUACCAAAAGUAGCCGUUCAUAAUCUGAGUAGAAGAUAUAAAUUGUGUUCAUUACACUUUGAAGACCGAAUGUUCGAUUUUCAAAAGAAAGGACUCUUAUCCAAUGCAGUACCAACAUUAUUUAAAAAAAAAUUACCAGUAAUAAAACCAGUUACAUCUAAAAAUAUUAAUAAAAUUAUUACAGUAGAUGACAACAAAAUCCCACCAGCUAUCCCAAUUGAUGCUACGCCGUAUUGUUCAAAACAUGAUAAAAUACCAGUAAUAAAACCAGUUACAUCUAAAAAUAUUUAUAAAAUUAUUACAGUAGAUGACAACAAAAUCCCACCAGCUAUCCCAAUUGAUGCUACGCCGUCUUGUUCAAAACAUAAUAUGUAUAUUAGCCAACCUCUGUUUGAUAAGCCAACUCGUAUUGGACUUAAUUCAGUAAGUCUUCAAACUCCAGCUUCUUUAUCAGCCGGAUCUCCACGAAAACGUAAACUUAGGAAGAAACUGUCUGAAGAAAUUAAUUUAAAAAAGCGAUUAGAAAAAACUGUUAUUGAAUUGACAAAGCAAUUAGAAGAAACAAAAACUGAAAAUAACUGUCUCAAAUUGUGUGAAAUGUAUUUACCUCCAACAAUGUAUAUGUUGGUUAAAAAUUAUUUGAUAAACAAAUAUAAAUCGCCGAAUGGCCAACGAUAUCUUAAAGAAAUAACACAAUUUGCAUAUACCAUUUAUCAUCUGGGACCCAAAGCUUAUAAUUUUCUUCAAAAUCAUUUUAACCUUCCCAUAUACAUACUUUGAAGAAAAAUUCUGUUCAAAAUAUUGACAAAAAUGUUCAAAACAAAAUUGAAAAUGACCAUAAGUACAGUAAAAUUUAAUAGUAUUAAAAACUAAUAUUUUUACAUUGUAAUAUAAGACUGA